AGCGACGUCGUCCUUGGCUGAGGACCAAUCAGAACAAAUCAACACAGCUGUAAAGCAUGUGACCAUUGAUGGCGAAGUUUGUUGAAGGUUUCGGUGUUAUUUUCUAGUAAGUUGUUGGAGCUAUGGAGAGAACUAAGGAGAGGAGCCGUUCUAAAAAGGCAAGGAAAGCGUCAAGAGAGGAUGAGGAUGAAAUUGGAGAGCCCUCUGAGCCCAAUUUUGAACCGGUCCUUACGCCAGAGAUUGCUGAACUGCUGAGAAAAGAGGUGGAAAGAAAUGGGUCUGCUACUGAUUCCUCUCAAGAGCAGACCAGCAGCCCUGAAGAGGAACCCGUGGUCACGGCCCCAACAGAAAUUGAGCAGUCUGUUGAAGAAGCAUCGGUGGUUACAGAAGAGGAGGAAAAAACGACCGAAGUCGUUUCCAGCUUCCAUGACUUGUCUCUCAGCACAGAAGAAAUCAAGACUUUUGAUUCGCACGUCACAAUGCAUGUGAGAGCAAGUGCUCCAAUGUCACUCUAUCCAUCCUUGCCAAUGGAGCAGGAUCUGCUUUUCCCUGAACCAACAGCUCCAGAAGCCCCACCAGAGCCUUUUCUUAACGACGAACUGCUCAAGGAGGUCGUCCCUCUAAAUGAAGCUCAACUCUCUGCUCUCUAUUUCAACCAUGAGAUUGCCAUGACACAGGAGUUUGUAGCUGAAUUUCACGAGACACAAAAAGGACUGCAGUCUCAUCCCUUGUAUGAUCUCUUAUCGUCUUACCUGCAAAUGAGGACCAGGUUGCUGAGUGGUCAAAUGGAAUUGGAGCAGUUGACGAGCGAGGCCAAGGCCAAACAGGAAACCAUCUGGACCCCUGGGGAGGCUAUUGUAACUGAAAAGGGAAAGUGCAUGGAUGGCGUCUCAGUGUCAGUUUCGCACACCUUCCCCACUGCGGAUAUGAACCAGGAAGAGUUAGGCGUCUUGAACAGGAACUUGUCCUCCAUCAGGGGUUUAUUAAAUGAAAGUCUCAGUCUAUUUGCGUACCGAGCAGAAGUUCUUCGUCUUCAGGUGGAACAGUUGUUGCAAGAGAUGCUGAUUUUGUAUGCAAAUGUGCCUCAAAGUACUCCUGUGCAGCUGCUGCCUCCUCGGCCGCCUGCAACUGCUUUGUGGAAUGUGAUUUCAAUCCUUUUUCACUUCAGCAAGAAACACAUCAAAGACAAAAUAUUUAUCGAGAAUGUAAGAGGAUGGUUGUUAAGGCUGGGUGCCACUCUGCUCCGCGUUGCAACAGCCAAAGAUCACAUUUUUCUGUUGCUGCACGUCAUUACAAGUCCCCCUGGCGUGACUCAAUGGGCCACUCCUCUGAUCCAGGUUCCAUUGUGGAACGUCAUUGAAUCCUAUCCGAGCACAAACUCAGCCUUGUUGGACCACGCUGUGGCUAUGAUUUCACUAUUGAUGAAUCCUCCGGUGGAGGUUGAAAAGCCCUAUGAACACAAUAGCUGGGUCCUGCUGGACGACGAAGGCGAGGAAGAAAUUCAGUCCGGCCUGGCAGAGAACGACCUGGUGGCACUGCUCAACCAGGUGCCAAUUGACGGUAUCUUCAGACACGUCCUUGGCAUCCAAAGAAGAGAAAGCAACGAGAUAUACAUUCCUGAGAGUGCUUCUGAGAGCAGCUUAUUGCGACUUCUGGCGUUUGCAUCGUCACUAGUUCUUCUUCUGGGGAAUGGCCUCCAGACUUACAACUCAAACAAAUACAAGCAAUUCGCCAAACGGCUGAGUCGCUUGGUUAGACACACGGUUCAGUAUGUCUCAGAUGUUUGGGAGAUCUUCAGAGUGGGUGCCAGCCAACGAGGACAUGACCCAAUCAUGCUGGCUAGACUCCAGGUGGAAUAUGACAAUCUCCUUCUAAGAGCCACGCAGUGCAUAUUUUCGUCCCAGAAACUCGGCGCUUGGCAGUUUUUGGCUAUAAUUCCUUACAACGUUACUUCGUGUCAAGUAUUGUGGCAGCUAUUUUGCUUGCUUCACCACGAAUACCAGCAGGAAAUGUCUGGUAGCAACUACCAAAGAGAUUGGAAAAAGGAGCUGUCGCAAACAAAUGAAGAAUUUGAGUCUAAACUAAGCACUAUGCCCGAAGCAGAGGUUUACUUUCUCCUCAACACUUUUGCCAACAUGGCGAUGGCUCGUGGACCAGAAGACAUAGAUUUUGUGUUGGAAGUGACGCUAGAUUUGUUUCGAGUUGGAUUUUCCAGUAGGAAAACACAAGACAUCUGUAGUAAGACUUGUCGAAGUUUGCUAUCCAAUUUAGCUGAAAAGUACCCCUAUUUGAUGUCAAAACUAUUGGGCGCUUUGAAGGAAGACCUGGAGAGUGUCGGCAAGCUAAGCAUAUACUUGGUGAAAGAGCUGCCAAUGAAAUUGUGGCGGCCUGAUGAAGAGGACUUAAAAAUACUUGCAGAGUGGCUGCUCUGCAACCCCAGCACUCUGCAGAGCUUAGUCGCACGCUCAAUUCUUGGAUCUCUAGACUGGAGUUCUCUAGAAUGGCAACUGCAACUUGACGUUGCUCUCCUUGUGGUUGAUACUUGUUUGCGCCACGCACCCGAAAAGUCUGGCCCUGUUAGUCCUGGAACUGUAGCAGAAGGUGUUUCGUCGCUCGCUGCAAUGGUUCGCAGCCAGUCUUCGCCAGAGCAGAGUUUGAUUUCCUGGUCGUGGGGGUUGAUUUCGCGCUUGAGACUGCACACCAACGACAGUAGGAAUCUAAAGGCUGACGUGAUGAACAUGGUGACAGACGUGGAGGACACCGAGGUCCUGUUAAAAGGAGUGAAAGAGAAAGAGCCAAUAGCCUGCUUUGUCACUUUGCUGGCCACAACUUGGGGGCACAGUAUCCCGCUGAUUUGCUCCAAAGGAUUCCCACUGUUGUCCACUCUCCUCUCCCACGCAAAGUAUGACGCGGUCUGUGAAUCCCUCAACUUCAUCAUGCCUCUCUUCAUGCCGUGCGUCGAUUCACUGACCAGCAACAAAGACUUCACUUCGGUCUUUCUGACGCUGAUUACUGCUGAUCGAGGCUACAUGAAAAUGGCUAAAAGUUUGCUCAUAACGGAGUCUCCAGGGCCCGUCCUAAAACAGGUUGCCAACAUGAUUCAAGCACAGUUCUUAAACUUUGACAGGUAUCACCUUGAAUCACCCCAUGCACUCUCUGAGUUAUGGCUGUCGGUUCUCUUCGGCUAUCCAGAGUGGGCAAAAGAUUCAUCCAUCAUUCACCUGCUUGAUAUCACUCUGAAAGAAUCAUUUCCUCACCAUUACGCCAGAGAUGUGGCUACCAAUAAAAUUCGGGACAUCAUCCGACAAGGGAUAAUGAAGCAAGGAAAUGCCUUAUCAUCUAUCAUAAGCUGGGUGUCCAUGAACUCUGGAACAAAUUCCCUCUUAGGCAGAGUUUCCUGUCCAGAGGCGCCCUGGCUAGCUUUGUUUGUGAUUGAAACGGAGCAAGAAGAGUUUGAGAUUAGUAAUGGACUCUGGAGGCAAUUUGUUGUGGAGCUUGCUGAUUUGAAUAAAACUAAUCUUGACCAAGCCAUGAAAAAAGCUUCUAGCACCCUAAAAGUGGCGCCGAUUCCUACUUCUUACCUAGCCAUUUAUAGAUGGGCUCAACAGGCCCUGGACACUUCUCUUGAUCACCCACUGUUGCCAAUCUUUUGGCAAAAGUUUUUUACACUUUACCUAAUGAGAGUUCCACGCAGCGAAAUCAACUCAGUAGAUCGUGGAUCAGUGGGCUUAAAGUUUUUUGAGGGAAUGGUUAACACAAAUUACUUGAAAAGACUGAAAAGAAGACUGGUUGAUGCAGCUGAGCUCUAUGAAACGAGAGCCACCGACCCGGGUUUUACAGGCGAAGGAGCUGAGGAGGAAGGUGGAGAGAGGAGACUUCUGCAUGGGCAAACCGCAAAAUUGCUGAAAACAUUCAGCUUUUGGAUGGACGAGACCAUUCUGCAUGAACCGAAUUUGUAUUUGCCUGCUUUACCUGCACAAUAUGAUCCAAACAAACUGGGAAAACUACUCUAUGGAGACAUGAACAAUUGGCUGGAGUUCUUGGAUGUUGAAGAGAUUCAAGAAAAAAGGAGAGAGGCAGUAAGAGACUGGAACACCCAGCACAUAAGGAUCAUUGACUUUAAAAAUUCAUUCAAGAACGAGGAUAGUUCUUCUGCAUUAUCAAGAAUGCUGAGUCGACUUCACACUUACGAACGGCCAGUUGCUGCUCCUGCGCUUAGGAUUUUCAAAAACGUUGUGCCAUUCCUUCCACGAGAGGAACUCCUCAAUGCUGCAGUAACGUUAUCAAGUUUGGAAAGCAAUUUCAAACCCCUCUUUGAAUUCGCACUGGCCCACGCAUUGCACACAUCAGAGUUGGCCGCUUUGGACUGCACCCUACUGGAACAGAUUUCUAUCCUGUAUAAAGAGAUUGACGUCCAGGUGCCUCUUGUUAAGUGGUGUGACCCAGCUGCAAGGAAGAAGUCUGGAGCCAAGGAAUGUGCUGGUGCAUUUCGAAGGACCCUUCAGAUUCGUGAGUGGAGAGCCAACUCGAGCGCAAAGCACCAAAUUGGAGAGAAUAGGAAGGAUCACCAGAGCCUGAUUUCCAAAAGCCUCCAGCCUCCGCCCCAAAAAGUCUGCCAUUCCGCUGUGUAUUUAGAAAAUCUGGUCAACAAGCUAGUGUCAGAGCGAGGAUUCGACGAAACAGGUGUUGCUGUCUUUUACUACCUGGUCGCACGAUACACAGAAGAAACCUCUUUCUACCCACCAACCAAACAACUGCUCUCUUCCUGCCUGGAACAGUUAGGCCAAGUGUUCAUCAGCAGGUCUGAGAGUGAGUGCGAAAAGCUGCUGAACAAAAUUCUGUCAGCCCCACACCUCACUGGUCUCCUCAGUCCACAUUUUUCGCCGCACCUGGCCCCGACACCCACAUUUUUGUCCAUGUACGCCAAAGUUGUUGGUGCCUCAAACCCCGACAUGUGCUUUGCAAUCCUUUCAAAAUUUGAUGUGACGCAGUGGCUUGUCAAGAGUAGACCAAGACUUAAGGAAAUAUCUGAAUUCAUUCAAAGCCUUGGACAAGCUCUCAUCAUCUCUGGCAAAGAGCCCCAGGAAGAUCGUCUCAUUCUCCAUGAGACGUAUUUGUCUCACCUUCAAAAGAUCUUGAUGCACAACUUUCCUGAACAUUAUGGAGAAAUUCUUAAUCUUGUGCUCAAACUCUCUGAUGCACAAACUUUAUCACUGGAUGUUUGGUGGUCUGUCCUUGAUGCUCUAACGCCAAAUGAUCUGCACAAGUUGAGGCAAGGGGGUGGACUGAAAGACCAAUUACGAAUUUACGCUACUCAGCAACGACUGCUUGAUUUUAAAGUGAUAUGUGAAACAGCUGCAUUGCUUGCCGAUUAUUUCAAGAGAGAGCGGUUGCAGUAUGGCUUGCAUGGCGUGUACCCAAAAUACAGAACAUAUGUCAAUCCACUCAGCGUAUUUUUCUCGAUGGUUGGGCACACCCUUGUGAUCGGCACUCUGAACCAGGCGCGAGGCGCACUUGGAGACUCGCUGUCGGAGCAGCUGUGGCCCAUUCUGCACGACCUGUUCGCACCUUGGGUUCUUCCCUGGGCCGGUCACCGACAGCAAACGGCCGCCUGGAUCCAGCAGUUCACCGACGAUAAAACAGUGCUCCUGCCCUGGACCGCUCAAGACGCACCUGUUGCCAAAAUAAUGUGUGACUCCUACGUUGAAAUCCUAAGCUUCCUGCUUGACACUCUUCCUGCCUCGACCAACACGCUUUGCUUCGUAUUUCAACUGUACGCUCUCAACUAUGCAGACGUGUCUGAACACGUUCUCUCAGUCAUUCACCACAGCUUUCUGGCUCUGCCCUGGGAUCGGUUUUGGCCGAGGGUCAUAGAUGUGGAAGCAAUGACCAAGCUGUCCGACCAGUAUUUGCCCCAGAACCACCUUUUCCUUGGUGCGGUGUUUAUCCAGGUGCCGUGGCUGGUGUGGAUCCAGAAGUUUCCCAGCGACAAAAAUCACCUGCAUCUGAUGAGUUUGCUGGUGAAGCUGUCAUCCGAGCCCAGUGUCAAGCAGAAUCCAAAAGUUGUUGUCCUGAUCAACGACUGCAGUCAACAACUAUCCUGGCAUUUGGUCGACUCUGGCAGCUAUGACCAAGUGCUGAACUGGUUCGUCAUGAGCUCAGACGCCAGGGUUGUGUUGCCUGGCCACCCUGAGCUGCAUCCUGUAGAUGUGGCCGUGUUUCAUCUACUCCAGGAAAUAUCUGGAUUUACAACUCAUACUAAGUAUUUUCAUUCCACGACCGUUCGCAAAAGGCUUGCUUUCAUGAGAGCUUGCGCGAAAUUGCUAAACUCUUGCUCAACACGUUUCAAAGCACUGAUUUCUAAAAAUCCUGAAGCGUUUGUAAAAGCUCUUCACAAACUCUUGGACCAAACUGAAGACAUCAUAUCGCAAACUGUGCCACUUGGCCAGCAAAUCUCUGAAAGUGGUCUUCUAGUAGGCGAGCUAUUAAGUGGCACUCUCAACAGCGCUACACUGAGCGAGGUUUUGGUCAAGGGUCUCAAGCAAUGGCUAUCCACGCACACUGGAGGCAGUUUAGUGGUCCUUGGUCUGCUCAAAGCCGCGACUAUCAGCGUGUCAGAUCAGAAAACAUUGGGCACUAUUAUGGAAAGCACCCUUGAGUCAUUUUUCAGAGACCAUUCAGUGCCAAACACAAACUGGGCUAGAGCAGUUUCCAUUCUGCAGCCAGCAGUGCCGUCACAAGGAGGAAAAGAGCCACUAGAACAUUUUUUGGUCAACGAAGGCCAGAUUUUUAGUAUUUACGCUCUCCACCUGAAACUAGGACAGCAGGAACACUCAUUCACAGAGUUGAUCACAUUGCUUCCAGCAAUCAAGAUCAGUGAAGAAACUGAGCAGAAGAUUCCCCUCCUGUGGAACGCGGUUUUGCUUCUUAUCCAAAGCGGCACACAACAUGAGAAACUGCCUGACAAGCUUGUCAAACACGUUCUUGCGUUUUGCGUGCACCUGGCGAAUGUUGGGGAAGACAAGGGAUGGGACCUGCUCGGAGCCAUCGGACUGAGGAAACAGACGCAGGCGUCAGUCAGACUGCGCAUUUUGGCCAGGUUCACUGCAGCCCUUGUUUUUGCCCAGUUCCCUAAGCUGGGCGAAGAAUACAAAUGCAGACAUGAGUCGACAUCACCUGGCGCCUUAGGCAACCUGAGUUCGUCUUCAUUGAGCUUGCAAGAUGACACUGCCUAUAGUCCAACAGCUCAAACGCUGCAAGCAGUUGCCUCACUGGAGUCGAUGUCGCAAGCAAAGCUGAACCCACCUGAAUUAAAAGAAGUUGUGAGCGAUGCCAUCAACAAGAUAAGGGAUCAAAACACUAGCCUUGAAAAUAUUGAGGUUAUCUUUGCUGAUAUAGCUCGGCAACUCUAUAAAACCAUCAUUUUGUGAUAUCGAUUUUGAUUUUUACUGAAUUGAUUAUUGAUAGCGAAAGAGAAUUAAAAUUGUGUUACGCUGUAUUCUAUCUUUUAAUGACUUAAAUAAAGAGUAGAGUAACAUUUAA